AUAAAAAAAUAAAUCCUUCCAAUGAAAAAAUUACUUAACACAUUAUUAAAAUCACUUAAUUAGAGAAAUAACGAAACAAAACAAAAAAAAAGAACCCUAACAAUAAAGAUGCCAUCUGUAAUUUGUAUCAAUAUUUUUAUUUACAUAAUAACAAACAAAAAUAAGUAUAGGGAUACAUACGACUUGGCAAAGAGUGAAAGAAGUUCGAAACUUCUAAUCUCCUAUAGACCAGGGUACUAUAUAUAUAAUACUAAUUUACUUGGUCAUUUCUUGUUCCACCUCACUUAUGCCUUAUUGAUUAUUCUUGAUCAAAGAACCUCACUCACACUCACACCAAAACAACCCCAUUCACCACCAUAAUCAUCAUCUAAUAAACUCUCAUUAUUAUCAUCAUCAUCAUCAUCAUCAUCAUCACCAAAUCAUAUCACUAAUUACUUAUUAUGACAAUAAAAGGAGGAACAACACAAGCAUGUGCUGCAUGCAAAUACCAAAGAAGAAAGUGUUCAAGAGAAUGUCCCUUGGCUCCUUACUUCCCAUCAGAUCAGCCACAAAGAUUCCAACACGCUCAUCGAUUAUUUGGGGUUCGAAACAUACUCAACAUCUUGAAACUCGUCACCCCUUUUCAGAGACAAGAUGCAAUGACUUCAAUCAUUUAUGAAUCUGAUAUGAGAAAGAAGUUCCCUGUUCAUGGUUGUGUUGGUAUAAUCAAUCUUCUUCAAUCUCAGAUUGAACAGAGCCAAGAAGAGAUUCAUGAAAUUCAUUCCAAACUCUUCUUCCUCAGACAACAACAGCAACACCAACAACAACAACAGAUCAUAGCUACUGCUGUUGCUGCUGAUUCUAAUGAUCAUAAUGCUGUUCUUGAUCAAUUCCAACGCGUUCAAAUCGAUCAUAAUAAUGAUACAGUAAUGCCUCAUGGUGCUUAUUUUUCUAAUUAUGAUUUUCUUGCUGAGGGAAAUGAUGAUGAUGGUGCAAAUCUUGAUCAUCAUCAAGAUCUUGGUCAUAAUAAUAAGGAAAUAAUUAUGAAGAUACAUAAUCAAGAAGAUCAUGCUAAUUUGAUUGAUAUGAAUGAAAUAGCUCCUCAUCCUCAGCAACUCAGACAGACUCUGUUUUUUUCUCCACAAGAUCAUCAUCAUCAACAACAACAACAACAACAUCAACAUCAUAAUCAUGGUGAUUAUCAAGAAGUGGUGGAUCUUUGUUAUGAGGAUCAGUGUACUGCGGCGUUUGAUACCAUUGUUGAUGAUCGUCAAUCUUUUAUCGAAUCAAAGGACCCUUGUGAGUCAAGUGCGGAGUCAUCAAUGAAGCAUGGGACACAGAAUAAUAAUAUGAAAAACGAGCAUCCGUACUGAGUAAUUUGUAAUGAAAAAAAGACCAUAUUUUUAUUGGUUUUGGUCUAGUGAUCUUCCUCAACUUUUAGCCUACGUACGUUAUAAUUCCAUAAUUACAGUCGACUUUCACAUAUACAUAUACAUAUAUAUAUAUGAUGUACUCUCUUUUUGGAAAUUUUGUUAGCUAUGUCAGUCAUGAUGAGAGUAUAUAUGUAUGUAUGUAUGUUUUUUUUGGUGGGGUUUGAUCGACUGUAAUAAUUAGUUAUAGGGAGACAAUUUUGUUUUGUUUUUGAUUUCUGGGACAUCUUUGAUUUUUUCGUAUUGUUUAGGUUGUUUUCCUUUUUUUUUUCUGCUUUGCUUGAAUAAUAAUACACAUAAAAUAGCCCUAGCGUA